CAUGGCCGGAUAUGAUUCAUCGGAAAUUCCGCUUUGGAGAUCAAGACCUCAACCGAAAGACGCAGAGUUUGUUCCGCCAAAGAGUGGAAUCUGAGGACUUCUCUGAAGUCAAGGAUUCUCAGAGUACAGGCUGAUCAUAACGAGAGUCUCGUGGUCUCCUGGAGCAGUACCCUCACAGAAACCUGCAGAGGCGGCCUUGGUCAAAGCCAAGGUGAUCUCUGCCUGCUGAACAGGUGCUCCCUCUCCUCCUCUCUUCUCUCAUGCCCAGAUCACCUGCUGUCCUACCCACACUCAUAUCUGCUGUCCCUGACCAUAGCCAUCAUGCCUCGGGAACAGAAGAGUAAGUUCCGCACCCGUGAGAAAUGCCACCAAGCCCGAGGUGGGCCCCAGCAUCGAAACGGUGCUCUAGCCACUGCAGCCAAGGAGCAAGCAUUCCCCUCCUUGGCCCCUCCUCCUUCUGGAGUUCCUACUUGCAGAAAGCCCACUUCUAGAUCAUGUAGCACUCUCAAGAGGUCUCAGAGAGCCCUAUCCACCAAGUCUGCAGGGGUUUCUCACACAAGACCAUACAAAGGAGUCAACUGCAAAACUGAGAAGAAGCAAAGUUCCUCCCAGGCUCCACUCCCCAUUAUGCAGUCUCCAGGAGACCCUCUGACCAAAACAACAGGUACUUUGGUACAGUUCCUGAUGUAAAUGUACAGAAGGAAAAAGCUCAUUACGAAAGCUAAUAUGCUGAAGAUUGUCAAUAAAAAGUACAAAAAUCGCUUCCUUGAGAUCCUCAGAAGAGCCUCUUUCAACCUGGAAGUGGUUUUUGGAGUUGACUUAAAGGAAGGCAAUUCUACCAAGGAUUCCUAUAUCCUUGUCCGCAAAAUGGACCUCCCCAACAAUGGGACUGUGAGUGGUGGCAGAGGAUUUCCCAAGACUGGACUCCUGAUGAACCUCUUGGGCGUGAUCUUCAUGAAGGGCAACUGUGCCACUGAGGAGAAGAUCUGGGAGUUCCUGAAUAAGAUGAGAGUCUAUGCAGGAAAGAGGCACUUCAUCUCUGGGGAGCCCAAAAAGCUCAUCACUGAAGAUUUGGUGAAGCUGAAGUACCUGGAGUACCGCCAAGUGCCCAACAGUAAUCCUGCAUGCUAUGAGUUCCUGUGGGGCCCCAGAGCCCAUGCCGAGACCAGCAAGAUGAAAGUGCUAGAGUUUUGGGCCAAGAUUAAUCAUACCGUCCCCAGUGCCUUCCACUCUUGGUAUGAAGAGGCUCUGCGAGAUGAGGAAGACCGGGUUAAGGCCGCGGUUACCCUCGGGGCUGAGAAGGAUGCCACAGCCAGUGAAUCUUCCAGGGACUCUCCAGCAACUUCUCUGACAUCUGAUGAAGUUGAGGCAGAGUCUUCAUCUUGUGGCUGAAGAGAGCAGUCAGUGUCCUGAUUAGUGAGGGCUAGCUGUGACUUCGGGAACACAGUGUAUAAUACCUUUGUGCUCUUGUUCUGUAUGGGUAAUUUGGAGAUUUAUCAAGAUCUUUAUUUUUUGCUGUUUUUCAAAUGUUACUUUGAAAUGAAGGCUUAUCUAGCACUAUAGUCUAAAUUUAUGAAUUACAUUGGUCUCACUUAUUGUUUAUCAGAUUUUAGAGUAAGAGUGUUGCUGUUUUAUAAAACAAAUUGGGAAAAAUUCUAUCUUAUUUAGUAAUGUGGUAUGACAUAACAUCACAUUGGAGUAUGCAUUUCCCUUAAAAAUGUGAAAAACUUAGGCAGUAAAACACAUGAAAUCAAGAUAGAGAGGGGGAAGAAUAAGAUGGUCAGUAUUUGGCUUCCUAAUCUCUUUUACUCCAUGUUUUAUAAAAUUCUAAAUAACAGUAUGUGCUUGACUAACUGAAGAAUGUAGAAUUAAACCUUCAUGAAUUAGACCCCAUGAUCACAGGGCCAUUUGUUCCCCAAACAUUGACUAAGCAUCUGCUCUUAUAAGGCUUCAUGCUAGCACUGGGAGAGCUGAGGAAAGGACUGAGACAUUGACCAUAAAAUUAUAGCGUCAAGAAGCAUUUAUCGCACAAGGAAGAAUGGUGACAGACACUCUGAGACCGAAAGGAUACAUGAAAACACGGGGUAAAACAGGAGAGAGGUGGUUCCAGAUGAGAGCAGUUAAGUGUCAGUCCCCUGAAGCAAGGCAGUGUUGGGCACUCGGAGA